CAUCCCUCCCGUCCUCCAGUAUCGGAUCCUAACGACUCCAUCGGCUGCGCACACAAAAUUCCUCCCACGCAAACCUUUCAUAAUCAUAAAAAGUCAGAUUUACUGUUAGAUCGAAGCAAUCAUGAUGCCGUCCGCCUUUUUUGUGCUGGGUACCAUCAGUCUUCUUUUAAGCGAGUCUCAGGCCUGGACGACUCGCCCAGCGCAGACAUCAAUUAGACUUUUCUCGCGACUUCAUUUAUCCCGACCCUCCUCCGAGUCAUGUUCGAAACAAACGAAUGUCGAUAACGAAAGACGCUCGAAGAGAUUUGAUAGUUUCUCUCGACGCGAGUUGUUCGCGGCUACCGCUGGUGCAGCUGCUAGCAUUGCCUUGGGGCCGUCCACAGCGGCAUUCGCGCCAGCCCCGUCGAUUGUUACAACCGCCGCAACGUGCGACACCACUGUAUCAGUAUGGCAACGCGGUGACAGAAUCGUAUACAUCCUGGGAACAGCACACAUUAGUGAAAUAUCCUCUGAUCUCGCUGGCCAACUAGUAAAGGAUGUACAUCCCAGUGCCGUUUUUGUCGAGCUCGAUCUUAAGCGGGUUAGUGGAGUUACGGUGUCGCCCGGUACACCCGUGACUAGUCGUCUACCCAUUUCAACCGACGUAACAGAGUUACCUGCCACAGGAGAAGGUGCGUCUACAAAGCAAUCGAAAAUUAUUGUCUCCGUACCAGCCCUUCCCGACUCUGUCGCGUCACGCCCCACCGAAUCGACUGGUAUUGCCUCGCUAGCGGCAACCACCAAACAAGACGAUGAGCUCGCAAGCGCCUCACCCGUCCUUACAGAAUCCCCACGCCGCGGGCUUGGUCAGCGUAUGCUUGGUUUUGGUGCAGCUGCUGUCGGUAAGGCCAUUCAAGGCAUGUACAAAAACUUGAACGACUCCGGAUUCAAGCCUGGCGAAGAAUUCGUCGUAGCUGUACGGGAAGGGCAAAGAAUUGGGGCCGACAUAGUGCUAGGUGACCAAGAUGUUGAAGUUACGCUUCGUCGUAUGACCCAAGCUCUAGCUCAAACGGAUCUCAAUAAGCUCCUUGAUCCUGAUUCGGAACUAGAACGCGGCAUGCGGGAGCUCAUGGGAGACUCGGAUCCGUCUUUGGCGAGUUCGCCGGACGCCUUUAAGUCAGAACUCUCUACCUAUGUGGAGAAUAUGAAAACACGGGAUAGUGUUCGAAAGAUAAUGGCUCAGCUCCAGAAAGUUGCACCCGCACUGGUACAAGUUAUGCUAACAGAACGCGAUGCUUACAUGGCGGCGGGCCUCGAUACACUGAACCAGUUUGAAGUCAUAACUGCCGUCAUGGGUAUCGCGCACAUGGAUGGCGUCGAACGCAAUUUGCAAUCACAAGGAUGGAAACAAAUGCGCCCCAGUUGCCCCCGCGUGUAAGCUCCUAUUUAGGCUAGACUCUGCGAUAACCAUGAUAAACUCUCCAAAUCUU